UGUCACUGACAUUAAAAAGAAGAAAUAAGGCAUGCAAAAUUUCAAAUAUAUCAUUGCUGUCUACAGCCAACUGUCCCAAGAGCAUCAUGCUUGGCCCUGCGAGAACAUUUCAGAUGGCUGAGUUGUGCGGUCUCAUUUGAGGGCUUUUCUUCAGGCUUGCCUGUAGUCUACCCACAUCUCUGUACAUGCUGUACUUUGCCUGCACUAAUACAAUACAGCAUAGCGUAGUUGGUGGACUGAAGAGUGAAAGAGGCUCCCUGCACCUGCUGUCCUAAAGUGUUGUAUGUUAGGGAUGGAGUGGGGACUGCAAUUAUCCAAAAACAAAUUCUGUAACCCUAACUGGCAAAUUGCUGAUACCUUUGCAGAAAAUUAAAACAUCAAGUUUAAAUAUCACAUAGGUAAGAGACAACAGUUCCAGACAUAUUAAAAUAUAGUGGUCAAUUUGGUCUGGUUAAAUUAUUACAAACUGGUUUGGAAACUAUGCUUUGCCUUAGCUGGCAGAUCAUUUACAAUGUUCUGCAGUGAUCCUGUGUUAAUGGUAAAUGAAUGCAGUGAGUAAUGAUUGCAAAUGAGAAUCACUUGUUUCAUCAUUUUCACACGAACCAUGACAUUGAACUGCUGCGAUUUGGUUUUUCAGUGUGUGUCACAGUAAUUUAUGGUUGUUAGUAGCAUCAGCAGGUAAUGCACAACACAUUAUGGGAUUUCAUGGUUAACAUGGGAUUGUUGGCAACCCUAAUUUCAUAAUACUUAUGAUACUGAUGUCUGCUGCAUUAAGGAGAGAAGUAUUACCCUUAUUCAAGGACCUGUCAGACACCAUGAGAUACACUUGAUAGGUUUUUGUCUGCAAAAAGUGUACAGCACACUCCCACCAGAAUGCUCAGUACUGCACUGAAAAGCAGGGAAACACCUAACAACGUACAGGCCAUGGUCUAUAUGCCCGUUUUGCAGGACAUCAAGAAGAUUAUAGCCUACUUGCAUGAAAAAACAAUAAGACUGAUUACAUCCAUUUGAACUUGAGCUGAGAUCCCAUUGCUAUUGGCUGGUCGAGAACAUUCAUCCUUUUAUGGUAAAUGCUCGUAACAUGAGGACAAAGUUCAAAAUUUAACCAAUCCAGGUCCCAUUAUCUUGUAUUACUGCAAUAUUACAGUUUCAUUCAGCAGAGUAGCCUACAAACAGGUGUUGUUUCUCAGCUGGCACAUGACUGUGAUAUCAAAGAGAUGUCAAAUUAUUCUGAAGCAGUUGUGAAAGGCACAUCAUCUGUAGCAUAAACCUAACAAAGAAUCCUGAUAGCAUUUCCAAUUCACAUAAGAUUCAAUGUUGUAAUGCCCCAACUUUACCAUUAAAAUUUAUUCCAAGAACAGCAAUUUGCCAAACGUGUUGGUCUACUGUUUAAAAUAGUUAUGCUGUAACAAAAAUAUUGUAAAUAAACUUGUAACACAUUCUGGGUUCAAAAAUCUACUUAAAUAUGUCUCCAGUGGAAAUGGCCUGAGCAGUUCAUAUAAUCAUUACACAAACACAACCUUUGGAACAGUUGCAAAUGGACACCCAGCCCCACCCCUUACUUUCUCAUAUAUUUUCUAGAACUCGUCUCAUUUGUUAGAACAGACCUGUGGAACGUGAAACUGUAAAACUGUAGGGCAACAUGAAUCUGGAGGACUACUUUGAGAGGAUCGGUUUCAAUGGUCCUUUUGAAAAAGCAGAUCUGGAAACCCUAAAGGAUGUCCACAUGCAACAUGUCCUCUCAGUCCCUUUUGAGAACCUCAGCGUUCACUGUGGAGAGUGGAUCAGUGCUGACCUGGAGCCUGCCUACACUAAGAUUGUGAAGAAUAAUCGCGGGGGGUGGUGUUGUGAAAACAACCAGCUCUUUGCCUGGGCACUGAAAGAGAUGGGCUACACCUACACAACCCUGGGGGCAAGAGUGUUCAACUGUCCCAAAAAUGAAUUUGACCAACCGGAAACUCAUUUAAUUAACAAGGUCCUCAUCGAUGGAAAAGCAUACAUUGCAGACGUGAGCUUUGGGGUUUCGGGUCAAAUACACCACCCCAUGGAACUUGUCUCAGGGAAAGAUCACCCACAGCUCCCUGGCGUCUUCCGCUUUGUGGAGAAAGGUGGAGUGUGGAUCUUGGAGAAAAGUGGAAGAAAGCCCUUAAUUCCAAACGAGAGCUUUGCCAAUUCGAGUCUCAUAAACAAGCGCUUGACUGCACCAAUAUACUCCUUCACUCUAACACCACGGGGCAUUGACCACUUCCGGGAUGCUAUUAAAUUCCUUCAGACCUCACCAGAGUCUCUAUUCACUAACAAGUCUAUCUGCUCCCUGCAGACACCCACUGGAUUUAAGGCACUCAUUGGCUCGACAUAUAGCGAGGUUACCUAUGACUACCAGGAAGGGGUUGAUCUUUAUGAUAUGAAGAAUGUAGCUGAUGAUGAAAUAGAUGAAAUAUUAAAGGAAGUAUUUUCCCUGUCAUUAAAGAAUAAACAUACUCCCAAAGACACGAAGCCCUUCUACAAUCAGUAGUCCAAUAACCACAUCUGGUUCCAGCAAAAUGUACUUGUACUGUUACAUAUCAACUCUUAUUUCAAUGGAAGAUUAAUCAUCCACAUGGACAGUUCGUGCACAGAGCUUUGUGUGAGAUGUACAAUCGCUGGAAAUCUAAGACAGCCUUCCUGCAUUGUGAUUUGUGGACGAGGGCACCUGAACGACCAGCGGACCAGAUUAAGGACUGUUAGAAUAUCCAUGGUGGGGUGAGGUGGGUGGGAGGAAGAUGUGAAGGGUGGGGUAGGGCGCUGGAGAAUGGGAAACUUUUUAGGAGAAAUCAGAAAUAAUGUUAAAUGACAAUUAAUCAUUCAUUAGUUUAGAUUAAUUAUUAGAAAAAUAAGUGAUUUGUUGAUUAAUGAUUAAGCUUUGUUUGAGCUGAAAUAUGUCAUACUGUUUAGUUAUCGAUAUGUGGCAAGUCACGGUAAGGGAGAUCUGCAACAGAUAAAGAACCUGUAAAACAGGAUUAAUUGUAAUGAAAGAGAGGAGACGAUCCUUUCCUUUUCUCAGGUGUUCUUUAUUAAUAUAUAAGCAGAAGACAGGCUCUUCUUACACCAGUCAGUAUUUGCCUGCACAGCCUUUGCUGUAAUAUUGGAUUUGUCAUUAAAAUGAAUAAAAUAAAAAAGCAUUUCAUU